AUGAUGCUCUUCUUCUACGCCGUGGCCCUGCCCCUCGUGGUUUGCACCGUCGUGUACGGCCUGGUAUGGCUGCCCAGCCCCUCCACAGGCCUCCUCGUGCGCCUGGAUGUGGGGCUGGCCUGGGGUGCGGCCCUGGCCACGCUCAUCCUGGUGCCCACCGACGUUGCAACCACGCUGCUGGGAGGCUCCCCGCCCCAGCUCGCCACAUGGUGGAGGGCGACCUACUGGUACGGCUUCUUCGUCAUGGUGCUGGUGCUGCCCAUCCACAUGGAGCACACGCGGCGCGGAGAGUUCUCCGCGCUGGACCGCGCGCUGGGCGCGGUGCGGUACCACCUGGUGUACUACUGCGCCCUGGUGGGUGUGGCCGCGGCCGGCAUCCUCCUGCUCCUGCUGGCGGGGCGGCUGGAGGCGCGCAACAUCCUGGGCUUCUGCAUCGCCUCCAGCAACGCCUACGGCCUGAUCGGCGCCAUCUUCCUCAUGGGCUAUGGCCUGGUGGCCAUCCCGCGCCAGCUCUGGCGCUGCGCCGACCUGGCCGACCAGCUGCAGCGCUGCUGCCACGAGCUGGGCGCGCUGGCCGAGCGCUGCGCCGCCGCCAACCUGCGCCUCUCCACCACCGUGCUCACCGCGCGGCGGGCUAGCGUGCUCUUCGGCGCCCACGACCCCCUCAGGCCCUGCGUCGACACGGUGCUCGCCCUGGCGGAGAGCACGGGCCCGGGCUUCCGGCCCAACCCUGCCGCGGUCGCCGCGCUGGACGACUCGCCCGAGCUGGACAUCUUCGACCUGGCGGACCUGGCGGCGCUGCGGCGCCGGCUGAAGACCGACCUGAAGGACCACGAGCGCGAGGCCGCGCUCUUCCGCGCCGCCGCGGAGCGCGGCCUGCGCCUGGAGGCCUCCCUGGCGGCCCGCGCCGACGCCGCCUCGCACGGCCCCUCCUUCGCCACCGAGCCGGGCCUGCGCGGCUGGCUGCAGGACGCCGCCGUCCACUUCUGGGCCUACAGGAUCCUGGCGGUGCUGGCCGGCGCUGCCUCGCUGGUGGUCAUCCUGGCGGAGACCACCAUCCCCGCCUCCCUGCCCAACCUGUCGGCGGUGUCCUGGGCGCUGGGCGCGGCGGGGGGCGCGCGCUUCCCCACCGCCGCCACCUGCAUGCUGGCCCUGGCCUACCCCUGCGCCUGCGCCAACUACUCCCUCUACCGCCUGGGCCAGGUGGCCUUCUACCGCAUGGUCCCCGGCCACACCGACUCCUACUCCCUCUGCUACUCCGCGCUGCUCGUCUCGCGCUUCGCCUCGCCCCUGGCCUUCAACUUCAUGGCCGCGGUGGCGCUGCCCCAGGGACGGGCCGCUGGGCCGGAUGUCACCGACACCGUCUUCUAUGCCGAGUUCGGGCGGCUGAUGAUGCAGCAGCCCCUCAUCGGCUGGCGUUUCACCGCCUUUGCCCCCGCCGCCCUGGCGCCCUACUGCCUGGUCCUGGCCCUGGGUCUCUUUAAACCCCUGGCCAGGCUGCUGCAGCGCGGCGGCAGCCUGCAGUUUGAGGACGACUGGGAGGACGGCAGCGGCGUCGCCGCCCGCGGCCGUCGCCUGCUCCGAGUCGAGGGCCAGAACCGGCAGAACGGGCUGCCGCUGGGCCUCACCAUCGACCCCGCCAUCAACGGCAGCGGGGCCGCCAGCCGCCCUGGCCCGCCUGCACCGGCAGAGCGGGCGCCCUGGUGGCGGCGGCUGGCGGGGGGGCGGGAGCACGACGACCACGGCUUCCCCUCGCCCCCUCCUCCAAACCUGGGCGCCGUCAGCUCGGGGGAGGCUGCGAGGAGCGGCGCGGGCAAGGACGCACGCGCGCGGCUCUGGGCGCUCGUGGCCGGCCGGGCGUCCCCCGCCCCCGAGGCCCAGUCCCUGCUGCGGGGGGGCGCAGGGGCGGGCUCCUCUUCGUCCCUGGACCUGGAGGGGUCACCGCAGGUGGGCCAGGCCAUGCCGCGCACGCCCGCCCAGCGCGACAUCUUCUCGCACCUGGAGGUGCCGGGCGGCAAGGGCGCCUGGAAGAGCAAGUACGGCAGGAGUCCCAGCGGAUGA